UAUAUAUAUAUAUAUAUAUAUGGGGUCAUAUGGUUCCAAAGUCAUAUAAAUGGUUUUUCGGCCGAAAAGAAAAUCAGGUUCAGUGGGCCCAAUUCAGCAAUUGUAAGCCCCAACUGCUAAUGACUAUUACGGGUUGGACUCCCCUACUCCUGGCCUCUUUUAUGGAAACCCAACCAAUUUGGUCGGCCCAGCAUAGAACGAAGAUGGCAUUCUUUGGUGACUGUGUUUGAGGUUGGGAAGAAAGCUGGGUGAUGUAGACUGCUGAAUGCCGACAGAGGUGAAGAUAGAGAAAUUGCAAGCUUCACACAUGGUUCUGCCUUAGCUUUAUUCAGCAUUUAUAAUCUCCAUUACUAUUAUUUUCAUUUUGCUUUUGAUAGCUAUAUAUAUAUAUAUAUAUAUAUUUUUUUUUUUUUUAAAUAGAGAAAAAUUGUUUGUUCCUGAUUUUUCUUCUUAUAUCAUUAAUAACAGUAUUAGUUGCAGGAUUUGUUUCCUUGCUUUUAUACUGCAAUUGUGUCUUCUUCGUUUGGCAUCAUUUUCAUGAAAUCGUUUACCAAUUGGUCUUUGUCCGAUAGAGAAUAACAGUGAAAGGGAAUGAUUAUAAUUUUAUAAAAAAAAUUAUCAAUGUUUAGACUUAUAGUCCUUCUUCUUUGUCCUCACCUGGCUUAUCAUUCUUGUAAUCAUCGGCCAGAAAAAAAUAGGAAGCUUUCCGGAUGAUAUUUGAGAAAACUGAUGUAUUUGCCUUUGGUGUUGUGGUUCUAGAACUUGUUAGUGGUAGACCAAAUUCUGAUUCCUCACUUGAAGGAGAAAAGAUGUAUCUUCUUGAAUGGGCUUGGAAUCUAUAUGAACAAAACAGAGAACUUGAACUGGUGGAUUCAAGAUUAUCCGAAUUUGAUGAAGAAGAAGUUGGAAGAAUGAUAAGAGUGGCACUUAUUUGCACACAAACAUCACCAUCUUUAAGACCAACAAUGUCAAGAGUGGUGGCAGUACUUUCAGGAGAUGUUGAAGUGAGUACUGAGAUUACAAGGCCUGGAUAUUUGACCGGUUGGAAGUUUGAAGAUGUGAGCACUGUGAGCAGUGACAAUACUGGAGGAAAUACAAGAAAUAUCGUUGAUGAAAGUUUCAAUAACUCCAUUGCAUCCACAAGUAAUGCAGUUUUAUCACCUUCCGAUGCCAGACCACCAAUGCUUAACAUCAUUAAAGAAGGAAGGUGAAAAUAUCUAUAUUAUGUGAUUGAAUUGGAUAUCACUGUAAUUAAUGUAUAAAUAGGUUUGAUCUGAUCUCAUGAGAUUGAGAGUGUGUUUCAAUUUGUCCUCUACAUUUUUACAUAUUGAUUAUAUUUACUUUGUAGUUAUAUUUACCUUACUUGUAGUUAAGGCUGUCCAUCAGGACCAAUUUUUCUUUUUGAUUUUAUUUAUUUGAUUUAUUUCUUAUUUUUUAAUAAAAUUGUCCUGAAUUUUUCAUCUCA